GCAAUAAGAUGAGCGACAGAGACGAGCACGAGAAUGAGCAGAAUGAGGACGUGAAAGAAGAGGAUGUUACUCCUGACUACUCGAAAUAUACAGAAGAUAGCGUUCCUCCUGAGGAAAGGCAUGAAGUGAAACAGCAUCAUCCUGGGCGUCCGGAUCUUGAGUAUGACGAGACAUUGGUUGGACCAGCACCAGAGGAAUAAGACAAUUUUUGAAUACUAAUGAGUUGUUGAAUUUAUUGUGAUAAAUAUCCCACUGUAUUCAAUAAAUGAAAGACAUCUAUGAG